AUGAAAAUCAUCAAAUGCCAUUCAAUUGUUCAAUCGCCGAAUUAUUCCUUUAGAAGAAUUGAUCAUGCAUUAAAUUAUUUAAGUAUAGGCAUUGAUAUGAUCUUCACAAAUAAAGAAUCGUACCCCCUAGUUGCUAUAAAUGGUAAUACUAGUAAUACUAAUCUAUUUUGUGAUUUAGAAACAUAUUUUAUUACAUUUUACGCAAUGUUGGACCCUGCAUUUACUAAACUCUGGAAAUAUAGAGCCGCUUUUUACUAUAGUGCAGAAAUAAAGAUUAAAAAUGAAGUAUUUCCCCACGUAAGAAGAGAACGCUGGUUAACAAUAAAGAUCCUAGAGGAAACUGCCGACUUUGUUUUUCAAGCCUUUUUCCAAAAAAAUUUAGACUUUGACCAUAUUAAUUACGAUGAUGAUAGUUUUAAUCCAUACAGAUUUUAUGCUGGUGAAUUACAUAACACUUUGCACUUAUUUACUAUGAUGAUAAUACUACAAAAAAUAUUCAGACGUACAUUUAAGUUCAACUUUCUUAACGAUCCAAACUUUGAACUUUAUCAUAGUACAGGCAGACGUAUCAGCGGGAUAACUGGUGAUGUUUAUGUUUGGUUUUUCAAAACUUAUAAAAUGGUGUUUUUAAUUUAUAUGGACCAUUUUACAGGGAAGCUAGUGUUUAGGUACGUACCUUAUACUGUUGAUGCCAACACUGCAGCUGUUGGUGCCAACACUGCAGCUAUUGAUGCAGGAUUUACGUUUGAAAGCUUGAAAAAAUCCCUACAACGCUUUGAUUCACUUAGCGAUUUAUGGUUGUUUUUACUAUUCUUAACAGAAAACGAACGUACUACAAAAAUGGGGUUGUUGCCGUACGUUGACUUUCCAAUUUCAAGAGUCCCCUUUCGCCCAGUUAUAGGGUCCACAGAACAUGCAAGAAAUUGUUUUACCCACGGCAAUAAUAUUUAUGCCAAAUAUGAGGACUUAGGUAAGUUCUUUAUAAAUGAACCGAUAUUUCAAACAGCACAAGCAGGAAAUAGACACAAUGAUAAGACUGUAUUAUUCAAUGCAGUAUUUGUAUUGACUUGUUUUGUAGAAAAUAAAGAUGACCCACAGGAUAUUUAUGGUGUAUUUAUAAAUAGCUUAGGUACAGAAAUGAUAUACCCAUAUUCUAGGUUUAAAAAGUUUGAAAUCAGAGAUUACGGAAGAGACUUGGUUGGUCAAUUGGUGGAUUGCUUUAAAUUUACAUGCAUUUCCCGUCAUUUUGAUGGGUUUGAUUGGGAACGAUGGAAGUUUAUUUUAUCAGAAACAGAGGAUAAAGCUUGA